UCCAGCGGCGGUCCUGGCGCCUCGAUUCGAUCAGGUGACACGCAUUCUCGAGCUCGCCUUUAGCGCUGCCGAUCGUCCAUGGGAAAUUCCACAUCCAUUGCGAGGAGGAGCAAGCGAUCUUGGAGCUCGCUCGCCAAUCCCUUCUCUCAAGCGCCUCCCGUGGAGAAAUCUCCAGCCCAGCGGCCGAUCGAGAAGAUCCUGAUCGCGAACAGGGGCGAGAUUGCGUGCCGGAUCAUCAAGACCGCGCGUAGCUUGGGAUUAAAAACGGUGGCGGUUUACAGUGAUGCCGAUCGAAACUCGCUACACGUCCGUCGAGCCGAUGAAGCAGUGUUUAUCGGCCCCGCCUCUGCGCAGCUCAGCUACUUGUCCACUACUUCCAUCCUCGACGCUGCUCGUCGCACUGGAGCCGAUGCAAUCCAUCCCGGGUAUGGAUUUCUAUCAGAAAAUUCGAAGUUUGCGCAGGCUUGCCACGAGUCUGGGAUCACAUUCAUUGGCCCUUCGGCAGCUGCGAUUAGCUUGAUGGGAGACAAAAGUGCCUCCAAAAAGCUUAUGAGCGGUGCUAAUGUUCCUGUUGUUCCUGGAUACCACGGGGAUGAUCAGAGCCACGAGCUGCUGCAAUCUGAGGCUGAUCGGAUUGGCUAUCCCGUUCUGAUCAAGCCUGUUCUUGGUGGCGGAGGAAAGGGCAUGAGGAUUGUCCACAGCAGAGACGAGUUUCUGGACAGUUUGAGAAGCGCUCUACGUGAGUCUGCUGCUGCAUUUGGCGACACCAGGGUCUUGAUUGAGAAGUAUAUCGCACAGCCUCGACACAUAGAAGUCCAGAUCUUUGGCGACCGCUUUGGUAACGUUGUUCAUUUGUUUGAACGGGACUGUAGCGUUCAGAGGCGCCACCAGAAAAUUAUAGAGGAAGCACCAGCGCCGCUCAUGUCAGACGACUUUCGCAACUCAAUAGGCCAAGCAGCAGUCAAUGCGGCUAAGGUAUCCUCUUUUGUGAUUUGCUGCUGUCAAAUCAAAAUUUCUUUUCUAUCGAAGGCUGUGAAUUACGAAAAUGCUGGCACUGUUGAGUUUAUUGUCGACACUGCAACAGGAGAGUUUUUCUUCAUGGAGAUGAACACACGUUUGCAAGUUGAGCACCCUGUCACCGAAAUGGUGACGCGUCAAGACUUGGUGGAAUGGCAAAUUCGUGUCGCAAAUGGCGAAAGCCUUCCACUUGAGCAAAAGAGUAUACCGCUGCAAGGUCAUGCGUUUGAGGCUCGGGUCUAUGCUGAAAACGUUCCAAGAGGUUUUCUACCUGCUGCUGGAGUUCUUUACCAUUAUAAUCCACCUCCCGCUUCAUCCACUGUGAGAAUUGAGACGGGUGUAGAGCAAAGUGAUGCUGUAAGCGUCCACUACGAUCCUAUGAUAGCCAAACUGGUCGUAUGGGGUAGUGAUCGCGAUAUGGCGUUGGCGAAGCUUCAUAAUUGCCUCUCGAAUUUUCAGGUUGCUGGACUUCCAACUAACAUCCACUUUUUAAAAAAGCUUGCAAAACAUCCGGCUUUCAGGGCUGGGGACGUGGAAACACACUUCAUUGAACACCAUAAGAACGAGCUACUAGAUUUUUCCGAAAGUGCCAAGCGAGAUGUAAAACCUUUCGCUGCUUUAGCGGCCGUUGGCGUAUGUAUAAGGGAGAGUUUUCGACGACCAGAAUCGAGAAUUGGAGGCCCAUGGCAUACAACUUCUGGUUUUCGAGUCAACAAUCCUUAUACCAGGAAGAUCUCGUUAGACUGGAUGCCUGAGUCCGAGAGUCUCUCAUGCGAACCGAUGAGCUUAGAUGUCACCUAUUCAAGUGACAACGAGUUCUUAGUAAAGUUUGCGGGAGAUUUAUCUUGUGUCAGACUUACAGCUAAAAGAGUUGCUAGUUCUGGCUGUGACAUAACUGUCGACAUCAAUGGCAUUUCCUCCACUAUAAACUAUGGUUAUUAUCUGCAGAAAUCGGCUUAUCAUAUUCACGUGUGGAAGGACGGCGAGCACCAUCACUUUACAACAGCGUUGCGGGAGGCCUAUGAUACAGAAAGCCAUGGUGAAACAUCUCAACGAUUAACAAGUUCUGGCGGUAGUAGCAAGCUAACACCGGGAGCCGUCGCUUCUCCCAUGGCCGGACUGGCUGUGAAAGUUCUUGCAGAGCUGGGCUCAAAUGUGAAAGCUGGAGAUCCUCUCCUGGUUUUAGAAGCUAUGAAAAUGGAGCACACUGUAAAAGCACAUAUUUCUGGUGUUAUCAAUCAAGUGAACGUCACUGCCGGCCAGCAAGUUAGCGACGGGGGGAUUCUUUUUCACAUCAAGGCUCAAGAAUCAUAAUAGUUCACGAGUGUCUUGAAACUGUGCGUAAGUCAAAAGGUAGCUUUAUAUUCAGUAACGUUCGAUCGUCUCUAACUUA